CACGACGCAGGCAGACUGGUUGAGCGCGCGGAAUACUAUGAGUGAUGUGAAUAGGUUAGUAGAUUCUUGUAUUGGUGCAGCAUCAUGGGUAAGUAAGUACUUCUUACAACUGUCCAGAGUCAAUCGCUUGGUUCUUCUCUUACGUUGAGCUUGAGUGUUUUGAUUUGGUACAAGUAGGUACUUACGUAGUAGUUUUACCGCCACCCUUUUGGUGGUGUGGAACUUCUGCAGCUCUUCGCAGAGGUUUUCAUAGGGUAAAAGGUAGUGGUCCGGCUAUCAAACAAACCGCCCCCUCCGCGCGGAGGGGCCUGUUUCUUUCUGGGCCGCCAGCGGCGGAAGAAGAAACCGAAAAUAAGAAAUCGACCCCUCCGCGCGGAGGGGUCGACUUCUUAUUUUCGGAACGGCGCGCGCCGAAGAAUUUUUUUGUUGUUGCAUCCAGCACUGGCCUCGGAAACAAGUCGUGGGCCACGCCUCCGCGCGGAGGCGAGGAUUUCUUGUUUUCCCAGUGCGGAGCAAGAGCAACGACAACGGCGGGCCAUUCCUGAGGAGGUGGGCGCCGCGGUUGUCUGGUUCCUUCCUUAUGGGGCAUAGUGCGCGCGCAUUGGCGCCGUGUGGCUGCGCUCCUUAAGGCGCAUGUAGCGUGGUGCGUGCGUUGUUACGGGCCUUUUGUCCGAGGGUAGCGCCUGUCGUGCAGGCGCCGCUGCAUGGGAUUCCGCUCCUGAUCUCGGUGGCGACUCGCGAGGGGCUAAGGGUAUGAGCAUGCAUGGGACACCGGCGCCACGACAAAGCCAACCAACGGGCCGGGUCUUUGUUUGAGGCGCGCCACGUUUCGCCCUACCUUUUUUCGUUGUGUUGUUUCUGGAAAAUCAAAACUCAUAGUCAUGCGGCAACUUUUUGCGCCCGGCGGUGUAGGGGCCGACCUUCGUUGGAGUGAACUCUGCAGUAGUGGCGCCCGGCUUUCUUACAAACUGCCGGACGCCUUGUGCGAUCGAUCGGCGACGCACGACUCUCCCCUGCCCUCGCCAAGGCAGCCGCAGUUUCUCUGGCGCCGGGCAAUCUGCUUAAAUUAUUGAAGUAUCUGCUUCUACUACCUGAUACACAGUAGGUACUUACGUAGUAGUUUUACCGCCACCCUUUUGGUGGUGUGGAAAUUGUGCAGCUCUUCGCAGAGGUUUUCAUACAGAUGAGCAAACAGUACAUAGUCUUUUACUUCUACCUCGCAGCGCCGCGAGCACAGGCGUGAUCUAUUUGUGUUUGGUACUAACUUCUUCAUCCGGUUCGGGGUUGUUGUACUUAAGCGCCUAUAGGUAGAAGUACUUCCUUCCAUACUCUCACCAAUUUUUUUUCUCACCACAAAAACCAAUGACCAUGUACUGUAGUUGUGCCAUGGUCUUGUUUCUAGACAAAUCACCACAAAAAUCAAUGAAUGCAGACGAGUGUUGAGUCCUCCCUCUCAUUUCCAAGAAGAGCGGUCGACAGAAUAACGACAGGAAUGGCGGGCUACUUAUCGCUUUCAUCACAAGGAACUCCGAGUCCGACGAGCGCGUUGCAAGCAAGAGAAAGGGCAGAAAUUUUCUGCAUCGACUUCAUUUUGAGAUUACAGCGAAGCACAGAGACAGAACUUCAUGAGACAGCUGAGCAUCCGGCCACUGUUGUUCUAGGCUCAACAAAACGGUAGCUACUGCGUAUAAGUAAAAACUUAUCUACUUCCCCUGUAGUUGGCAG